AUGUCUGUCGAAGACCAGUUUCCGGGGAAGCUCUGGCUCGAAACACCACUCAUACACUCACCGCAUAUCUCCUCUCGUUUGGGGUGCAAUGUCUACUUGAAGCUGGAAUCUUUCAAAUUCCGUGGAAUAUCUCACUUUGCACAAAAUGCACGGAAAACACAUGGCCCUGACGUACAUCUUGUCAUUGCCUCAGGAGGAAAUGCAGGUAUUGCCGCCGCAUGUGCCGCCCAUGCGCUUGGAUUGCGAUGCACGGUGUUUCUGCCUGAAGGCGCGAGUGCAUCGACUCUGGACUUCCUGAAAGGAGAAGGUGCAGAGGUUAUCAUAGAGGGGUCGUACUACCUUCAGGCACUGGGAGCGGCCGAAAGAGUCGUCAACGCAGAGACGAACGCCGUAAUGAUUCCUGCUUACGAUGACGCUAUUGUCUGGGAAGGGCACAGCUCAAUGAUACCGGAAAUUGCACAGCAACUCCCUCCUGGAACUCGGCCCGAUGCCGUAGUGUGCAGCGUCGGUGGGGGAGGGCUUUCCGGAGGCGUCAUGAUGGGAUGCAAGUCUGUCGGGUGGGACGACGUACCUUUCAUCGCGCUCGAAACGACUGGCUCCAACUGCUUCUAUGAGGCAUUGGCUGCUAAUACGGGCGCCUUCUCCACAAGCGGUCUCGCUUCAGCUAACGUGCGAGUAGAAUAUGACGCUACUCACGACGUCAACAUCGCACACCUGGCCACCCUGAAGUCUAAAGCAACGUCUCUCGGUGCAUCUUCAGCAGCACCAGGAGUGGUCAGAAUGGCGCUCGAUAGGAAGGGGGGUAUCAAGAGUGUCUGCGUGCCUGAUGAGUUCGCUAUGCAAGCGGCAAUACAAUUUGCGGAGGACCAUAAAACAGUGGUGGAGCUCGCUUGUUCGACAACACUUACGGCGGCGUACAAUCGCGCGCUGUUCGACAAGUUGGUUCCACCGUCGCCUUCCGGUACUUCUAGGACAGUUGUGUUCGUUGUGUGCGGCGGCUACAAGAUCUCGCUCGAGGAGCUAGAAGAUUACCGUACAAUUGUCGAAUCAAGUUUGCGGGAAACAAAGCAAUGGGACGUUCUCUGUAAUGGUGAGCAAUGGAUACCAAAUUCCUACGCGUACCUCAACCGAGUCGUCGGUAGAGCAAGCUUAGUGCUCGUCCGUGUUCCCGGAGGCCUGACUUUCACGUUCUCUCUCUGCCCUCUUCUCAGCGUUGCGCACCCGUAUCUUAGCCAGUUCCUCCUUCAAACAGUCGGAAAAGGAUGGAGUCUUGCCGUGACUAGCCGCUCGUCAGGAGGAAAUAUUUUGUCCUUGUACUGGAAAGGCGCAUGGAUAAGUCGUCCAGAACAUUACGUCCGAAACGUAUGCCCCGUUUGUACUGACGUUCCGGCGGUACCAUUCAGGGUCGCCGUAGUGCAGCAUCAUGGCGACUGGGAAGAACACAUAGACGGCAAACUUGAAUACUUCAAGAUUUGGGCCGCCCAUCGCGCGCUGGAGUUUCACUCGAGCGUGUAG